UCUCUCAAACUUAAUAUUUAAAUAUAGUGCACGCAGUGCCGUGCAGUGGAGUGGUCUUGGAACAUGAUGGCAGAACGCAGGUUUUGGAUAUUUUUGGGAAUUGUAACUAUUCUCGGGACUUUAAUGGUUCAGGGAUCUGGCGGAAUCUAUUGGUGAGGUUGCAGAUUGCAACCAACUGAAACUGAAAGACUCCCAUUUGCCAAGCGUGUGGGAGAACUACGGUGGCAGACGCGAAAACCAGUGGAAAACUCCGGGGUCUGAAAAGUGAAGCCAAUGCGGAAUGCAGUGCAAUGAGGAGACCAAGCUGAUAGGCGACUUGUUCAGUAACUACAGCAAGAAUAUUCGCCCGGUGGUUCAUCCUGAAGACAAGCUGGAAAUUCAGAUCAAGCUGACCCUCACUAACCUCAUCUCCCUGAAUGAAAAGGAAGAGACUCUUACGACCAAUGUGUGGAUUGAGAUUCAAUGGACUGAUUAUCGCCUUUCCUGGGAGCCAUCUGACUAUUAUGGCAUUGAUGUUAUCCGUGUCCCAUGCCUCACUGUUUGGCUUCCUGACAUUGUCCUUGAGAACAACAUUGAUGGCAAGUUUGAUGUCGCUUACUACGCCAAUGUGCUGAUCAGCAGCAGUGGUUGGAUGUACUGGCUGCCUCCUGCUAUCUAUCGCAGCACUUGUGCCAUUGAGAUCACCUACUUCCCAUUUGAUUAUCAAAACUGCACGCUAGCAUUCAGAUCGCAGACUUACAGCGCCAAUGAAGUGGACCUAAUCUUGGCUGUUGGAGACACAGGGGACACUAUUGAGUGGGUGGACAUUGAUCCCGAGGCUUUCACAGAGAAUGGCGAGUGGGCAAUCGUCCAUCGUCCCGGCAGGAAGAUGAUCAACAAGCGGUAUUCCCCAGACGACCUGGAGUAUCAGGAGAUCCUGUUCAAUCUGGUCAUCCAAAGGAAGCCCCUCUUCUACGUCAUCAACAUCAUCCUGCCCUGCUCCCUCAUCUCCUCGCUGGUGGUGUUGGCCUACUUCCUACCUGCACAAGCCGGGGGACAAAAGUUGACUGUAUCCAUCUCUGUCUUGCUGGCUCAGACUGUCUUCCUCUUUCUCAUUGCUCAGAAGAUCCCUGAGACGUCUCUCUCUGUCCCUCUCAUCGGCAAGUACCUGAUCUUUGUUAUGUCUGUCACUACUCUCAUUGCCACGAAUCAAAUCGUGGUGCUGAACUUCUCCCUGCGCAGCCCCAGCACUCACACCAUGUCCCAUACCAUCAAACAUAUAUUCCUAGAAAUGGUACCUCGCUUCCUGGGGAUGGCCCCACUGGUGGAUGACAGUGAGGUGACAACGGAGGUGAACGGCGUGAGGGAGCGCCGGCGCAGCUCUUUUGGCCUCAUGCAGAGAGCAGAGGAAUAUGUACUGAAACAACCUCGCAGUGAGAUGAUGUUUGACAAACAAAGAGAGAGGCAUGGUCUCACACGGUCGAUUGUGGAUAAUAUGGACAUCAGCAGCACAGCCAACCUGUACAAGAGUUUGGCCCAAGCUGCACCCGAGAUCAAGCAAUGUGUGGACGCCUGCAACUUUAUUGCUGAGAGUACAAGACAACAAAAUAACAUUGGAUCUGAAAUUGAAAGCUGGGUACUGAUUGGGAAGAUGAUCGACAAGGUGUGUUUCUGGGCCGCCAUUCUCCUCUUCAUCAUUGGCACAGUGUGGAUCUUCUUAACAGGACACUUCAACCGGGCGCCUGAAUUUCCAUUUCCUGGGCAGACCAAAAAAUAUGUUCCAAGUUAAGAAAAAAACAAAACCUUUUGCACUGAUGAAACCUUUCCAAGGGUCACUGUGCCUCAUGCUGUCUGUAAGGCAGAACGAUCUUGAACAUUGAGUCCCAGGCUCAUAUUCAGGGUUGAGUUAACAGGGCUUUAAUAACACAGAUUUAACAGCAAAUCUGUCUGUGUUCAUGUUCACAGCUCAGACUUUGUGAACACUUGUCAGGCAGCAGAGGGUUUUCAUUCAAACUUACAACUUAGUUCCUCAUCUUAGUGUAAGUUCUUUGGAUGUAUAGGCUGCAUUAAAUGGGUGGAUAAGGUCUAGUUUUUAAAUAAGUGAUGUUUUAAAUCAUAAUCAUCAUUAUUAAGUACAAUUAUUUAUAUUAUUUAUAUAUAAUUAGUAUAGUAUUAUUUGUUUUGUGGCAUAAAAGACUCAACAGUGUGAGUUGGUGUAUUUGAAGGAAAAUGCUGAAGGUGAUUCACCACCAUGCUGAGGAAGUUAUUUCUGUUGCAGCGAAGAACCUUUCAAAUUAAAACUACGACGGCGUUAUGUACUGUAUUACAUGUGUAGAACUGGACUCCUAAAUAUCAAUAAGGAAGGUUCCUUAACUGAUGAACUGAUUCUAUUUACAUGUGAUGUGCUAAAGUUGUCCACCCUUCAUGGGUUUAUAAGAAUCAUCCAUGUAUCACACUGCAAAACAUAUAAGUUUCCCUGCAUGUACCAUGUCUUAUGUACAUGUAACUUGAGCCAGCCGACUCUGAAUCAAAGCCUUAUUCUUCCUACUAUGACUUAUUUAUUAGAAAGUAUUGUUAGGAUUAGAUGGCUUGAAGGGACAUUAUCUUGAUUCAUGUUUCUUAAAUAAAUAUUUAAUUUUGUGCAUCAUGACUUGCCUAAUCAAUUCAUUACAAAGUGUGAGUUGUGUGUAAACCAUCCUGACACAUGAAAUUAGUUUUAAUCUUGAAUUGAAUGUCAAAGUAGUUGUGUAUGUAGUCUUUCAUUCAUACAUCAGAUUGGCCCAAAAUGCAUCUUAUAAAAGAGAGAAAAUUAUCAGAUAAGCAGUCACAGCAGCAUUAUGGUUAAAUGUACUCUGUGUGUGUGUGUGUGUGUGUGUGUGUGUGUCUGCUAUUCUUCAGGGCUGUUGAAAGUUCAGUACGCUCAGCUGAAAGUGUAAAUAUAAUGUAAAACUCUGGAUCCUUUGUAAAGUAAUGAUAUAAUGCAUAUGUCCAUUGUGUUUAAUAAACUUCUGAAUUUUCAACUUCUUCA